UUUCUUCCUUUUUUUUUUUUUCUUUCAUAAUGUUUUUCCAAUAUGCAAAAUUUCUUCGUUUCUUCACAACAGCAAGGUCAAGCUAACAAUGAGGAAGAAGCAUACCAUACUGAAGCAUUAUUUUAUUAUUACUAUUUACAACAACAACAACAACAAUCAGGUUCACUACCAUUACUACUACCAAAUGACAUGAAAGCAGAAGUAGCAACGACAAUUCCAAUACCCACAAUGACAACUUCACAAACUGAAUCUUUUAUACCCACAAUUUUAUCACCAGUUUCUUUACAUUCUUCUAAUAGUCCUUAUAUUAAGCAGCAAUCAUCCUUUCUUUUCGAUAAUAAUAAUCCCUUUCAGCCACCUCAACUUUCACAACAACAACAACAACAACAACAGCAACAAUCUCAAGUUUUUACACCUAAUCAUCUCCUGUCUCUUUCACCACCAACUGCAACAACGACUCAGGUUUUCCCAAAAACGUUGUUUGGAUUGUCAACGCCACCUUUUUUCGAUACACUGGAAAAUGAUCAGGAUUUUGAUCAUUCUACUGGGGACAACGAUGACGAAAUGAUCAACUGUAUACAAUCAAACAACAAUAACAGCAACGAUUAUCCUAACCAUACCAUCAAUCUCGAAGUGAAGUCAUUUUCGGAUCUACAGAAAGCACUUGGAUUAUUAUUAGAAUCUGACAAUCGUUCUAUAGGCCAGCAACAUACGCGACGAAGACGAGGACGACCAAGGCGACGAAAAAAGGAAGAAGAAGAAAAAAAGGCUUUAUUGAUGCAAGAAGAAUGGGAACGACAACAACGGCAACAAAAAGAAAAGCAACUUCCAGCAUCAAUACGUAAUACGGUAGCAUCAACCAUGUUCCUGGAUACUUUGAUGGACAAGGCACAAAAACAUUGGUGUUGUAUUGGAUUCAAGGUGGCUCCUGUUACUUUGGAUGUUAUUAGACAUUGGCAGCAAGCUCCAGUGUCGAUUAUCUACUGUGUGGCUUCGAUUGCUUUGGUGACAUUUAUGGAUCACAAUGCUACUCAAGGUUAUGUUCGAGAUGCAGCCAUGGAAUUUUAUCAACACGCACGACAAAAACUGGACGAUAUUGUCUUUGAUGAUGAAAAAGACGAUAAAUGUAUUUAUGAUGACAUGGAUGACCUGGAUUCUCAUCAACAACAACAACAAGCCAUGACUAUUCAAUCUUAUUUUUGUCUCAGCUAUACAUCCAAUUUACUUCGACUUUAUGAACAACAACGUACGUGGGGUGGUCUAGCGUCUGUUGCAAUACAAUUACGAACCAAGGAUGCUGAAACUGGCUGUCGUCCAAUGGAUCAAGCUAUUCUACUGUGUUGGUGUCGAUGGUACUAUAUAGAUGCGUGGAUGUCAUUAACACUUCAUCGUGAAUGCCUUUUGCCAGAUACUCCUCCUCCUUUUAUUAUGGACACCAUUCAAUCAGCUCGUAUCGAUCUUUACCAUGAACACAAUGAUCUGUAUCAAUUCGCCAUACUGACUCGAUUCAUGCGUCGAUAUAUUCAAAUGAUGCACUCUGGAAAUAUUGAAGAUUCUGUCACUCAAGGUCCUUCUACUGCUUAUCAUGCUAUCACCAAAGAACUCAAACAAUGGUAUGAAGGCGUCCAAACUCAACAACAGCAACAACGAUUGGAUUAUGAAAAUACGAACAACAAUAACAACAACAAUAUCAACAACAGUGCGGUUCAUUUACAUUUAUGUUACAACGCCAUGCGCCUCGUAGUACUCUAUCAAUUUCUUCACCCUGACAGAUUACAAGCGGAUGACUUGACGGUGAUGGAUGGAUUGGAAACCAACCUGGCCUUACUUCAAGCACUUCAACAACUGGCAUCCCAGGGGUGUGAUCAAAGCACGUACCACCAUAUGUUUUUCGCCAUCCACAACACGGCCUCACGGAUCUAUCAAUAUCACACAAGACACCGAACCAGUAAAUGGCAAAAAUUGGCAAGACAACAACUCCAGAUGAAUCUUUUGCUUUUGAAAGGAACACCAGCUUAUGCCAACGAUGUAUUCAAAAUGCGAAUGUAUGCGGAAAAAAUAGAACAACAAUUUAAUCAUAUGGACCUAUAUACACCAAAUUAUUAUCGCUCGACAUUAUCUUCCAUAGAUCAUCAUUUAUCAUCAUCAUCAAUGGAGAAUACAACACAAUCAACCGACACAACUACUAUCCCUACGAUCACGCCUUCACGUCCUGUUCUUCCCGGCAUGCAUGUUUACAAGUUACACACAUCCGCUACGAUCAAGAAACCAAGAAAACAGACUAAACUUAAACAACCCACCAAACGCUGACCAAUGAAAGUAUGAUGGUUUCUAUUGUAGUCAUAGGUACAUUACUUUUUUAUUUAUUUAUAUACUUUAGUUUAGUUUAUCCAUAAUAAAGAAAAAGGAUUCUUCUACUUU